AUGGAUUUUCGGGACCCAAACCCGAAUCAGUCUCGCCUUAUCGGAGACUACAUACUGGGCCCAAAAGUCGGGUCGGGUUCAUUCGCGGUGGUUUGGCGCUCAAGGCAUCGCCAACUGGGUAUUGAAGUUGCUGUUAAAGAAAUUGACAAGAAACAGCUGAGCCCAAAAGUCAGCGACAGUUUACUCAAAGAAAUUUCCAUUCUAAGCACCAUCAACCACCCCAACAUCAUUCGCCUUUUCGAGGCCAUCCAGACCCAGGACAAAAUUUACCUUGUGUUGGAGUACUGUGACGGCGGUGACCUGGCUGCUUAUAUUCAUCGACAUGGGAAAGUUUCGGAAAAUGUUGCCAAGCACUUUAUGAGACAAUUGGCUGCAGGAUUGCAAGUGCUUCAAGAAAAGCACCUCAUUCAUAGGGAUUUAAAACCACAGAACUUACUCUUGUCAACAACCAUUGAAGAAACCCCACUACUGAAGAUAGGGGAUUUUGGUUUUGCGAGAUCCCUCACGCCCCAAGACUUGGCUGACACACUAUGUGGUUCACCAUUAUACAUGGCUCCAGAGAUUAUUCAGAACCAAAAGUAUGAUGCAAAGGCUGAUUUAUGGAGUGUUGGAGCAAUUUUGUUUCAGCUGGUGACUGGGAAGCCGCCAUUUGAUGGGAAUUGUCAAUUUCAGCUUUUUCAAAAUAUUCUGACAUCUACUGGGGUGCGGUUUCCACAAGGUGCUUUGGAAGAAUUGCAUGCAGAUUGUGUAGAUCUUUGCAGUAGCCUGUUACGUCAAAAUCCAGUUGAGCGACUAUCAUUUACGGAGUUCUUCAAUCACAAGUUUCUCAGAGAAGCUAGUCAAACUGAAUCAGCUCCUCAGAAUGUUGAACACACUUCACUACUUCCACCGCUUAAAUCGAUGGUUGAACAGUCUAAUUCUUCUGUCUCCGAUAAGAGGUUGCAAUUGAAUUCCAAGCAUCCCAUAAACUCAUCUAGCAGAAAUCUGAGUUCAGAUUUUCCAUCUGCACAUGACAGAAAAAUGUUACAAAGAAAAGAUUGUGGCAGUACAUCCAGCACUAGGAGUGUUCAAGGGCUUGUGCAAGAUGUUGCAUGUGAUAGGCUGAGGAAAUCUAUUAAUCAAGAUCCAAACAUACAGGAUCACCUUCGAGUUUCUGAUUCAAUGGAGUCCAUUGAGAAAGAUUAUGUUAUGGUCAAUCCUCAUUUUGCGUCAAUGGAGAGUUUCUCUUAUUACCUUGAAACUUCCCUGCAACUUAAUUCCACUACGAGAGCUUCUAUCAGUGGUUCAAAGCAGAAUGAUCAUGAUAUAUCAGUUGCAAAGAAAACAGAGGAGCAGGCAACUAGUUCUAUUGGUGUGGAAAGUUCACAAACUUGUGGAUCCGCUAAAUCACCAACAUCUUGUGGAUCAACCCUGUUACUGGAAGUGCAAGGACUAUCUAUACUGCAUCCUUCUACUAGGCUCCAUCUGUUACAUCAGUACGCUCAGGUUCUUGCAGAUCUGUCUCAGGAAAAGGAUAAGGCAGGACUGUUUCUAGACUCAUUUUCAGUUCAACUGGUUGUUUUGGCCAUAUGGACAAAAGCUCUUCAAAUUUGCAGCACUUGGAGUGACGCGAAGGAACUACCCGAAGGCAGUUCAGCAAAUGAAUCCUCACGUGUGCAGGGAGGUGCUGGUUUGUCACCAAACGCCUCAGGAAGUGUAGAUUUUAGCAGGCCUUCAUCUGUUUCAAUGUGGGCAGGGCAAGGGUUUAUUGGUGCAUUUGAUCGGGCAGAGAAGUUAUCCUAUCGUAUCCAAGAUAUGGAUGGUGCUGCUGAAGUGCCAGACGCGAUGGAAAUUAUUUUCCAAAAAGCACUAGUAGUUGGAACAAAUGGUGCUGUAGACGAGUACAUGGAGAACAAGAGUAGUGCAGAAGAAUUGUACUCGAAGGCUAUGCUUCUGCUUUCUUUUAUUGCGGGAGAAGCAACGUCCCUGCCACUUAACCCGCCAUUUUCGUUGACUCCUGCCAAUAAGAAGCGAAUCCAACAGUACAUUGUAAACUUGGAGUCCCGUCGUAUCAACUUUCUCAAGUCGCAGCCUGCUCCUGUGCAAUCUCCAGACUCCCGGACUAAGUAA